AUGGCAUCACCAAAGUUCGAAGGAAUGGCCUGUGAUGUCCAUAACCAGGAGCUUAUAUCAACAGAAUUCUCGAUGUCAGCCAACUGGGACAAGAAGUCCAGUUCAUCGGCCAAGGGUGUCUCCAGAAGUGACAGGCCUAUGGGAGGCUCAUUUGGUGCUUCCGAGUCUGCGCUCGGAUAA